AUGGACAUGGAACAAGAAGAUCUCUUUGGACAUGUUGGAGAGGCGCCUGAAUGCAAAGCAGAAGAUAAAGGAAAGGGAAAAGGGAGAGGCCGCGGCCGAGGCCGUGCCCGCAACAACAGUGACAGCGGCAAUGGACGUGGACGUGGCCGUGCAGAUGGUGAGAAUAAAAAAAAGCAGCAGCCUGUUACCACUUGCAUGUGUCCAGGAUGUUCAUACCCAAAGUAUCCAGGCUCCCGCUUUUGCAGCAUGGGUGACCACAAGCGUGCUUGGGACAACAUGGUGUACCAAAGACGCAGCAGAAAGGAGGUCACCGAUGAGCAAAAGCGGGCUUUUGAUGAUGCCAUGAAGGACGAUGGCUUUGCUGGCCGGGAGGUUGCCAAAUUUGCCAAGGACAACCCGCCUGAGAUGAGGCGCAAAGGCUUGGUGGAUUUCCUUCGGUUUGAAAGAAUCAGAGGUGAGAAGGUGUCCACCAAUGAGCAGCAUGGCCGCAUGCCCAUGACUGAGAAGGCUUUCUACAAGCAUUGUGACAACGUGCUGGGCCUUUCUGAGGAGGAAUCCAAGGAAUAUUGGCUGGAGUUGUAUGAAGAUCGGACCGUAGAAAGGGAUUCCAAAGGCUACCGCGGAGCGGAACGGCUUUGGAUUGAGGCCCACGAUUUGAAGUUCAAUGCGCGAGAACAUUUUGUGGCCAACCAAGUGGUUGAGUCGUCAGAUCAAGUCAAAGCCCCUACGGAAGAGCAAAGGACGAUUUUCAAGAAGCAUUUGGCACGCCAAGACCUUAGCUUCAAUGAUGAACAUUUCGAUAUGAAUGGGCAGCAGUCAGCAGACACGGCCAAGGGCCCGUGUCCUGCUGCUGCUGAUGCUGCUGCUGCGCUCUCAACUCCCAAUUCGAAGGCCAAGCCUGAGACAAAUGAGACACCAGAAAAAACGGUGAAUCUUUGCAGAGAGCGGCCAGUACUUCACAGACAAAUCGAAGCUUCUUUGAGAAAGAUCGAGGCAGAUAUCAACAAGGCAAUGCAGGCAGCUGUGACCGCGCAAGGGAAGCACAAAGAACACCCAAGUGAGAUGAAGGCUUCGGAUCGGGCGCUGCUGACACUUGCUCGGAUUUUGCAGUUUCGGCAAGAAGUCUGCGCCAGGGUGUUGGGAAAAAAUGGUGAUAUCAUCCAACUGGUCCCGGAUUCCGCUGAGAAUUCCGUGGGUCCAGUUGGUGAAUCACUUCCUACCGGUGCUCCAUCUUCCCCAACCUCUGUCCAAACUGGUCAAGUGGUGGACGGUGGUACCAAGUCUUCACUAGGCGAGGAACUUGCCAGAAAGCAGGAGCAGCAAACGUCGGCUUUCUUGGCAUCCCAACGCUGUGCCAACCAGAAGUUUUGGGAAGGUGAGGUUGCAGAUCUGCAGGAUCUAGAUUCGGUCCGAAUCAUUCUUGACAAAGUCUUGGAAGUCAAGGCGGCUGACACUUUUUUGCAGUUGAAAGCAGACUGGCAAAAGUCUGAGAAGGUCUUCGUGCAAAUUUUCAAAUCCACCAAGGUCGCAGCGGACGAUUUGCUCAAGCACAUGAAAGUCAAAGUGAAGAAAGAACAGAAGGCCGCAGCGGAUGCCAUCAAGAACCGGAAGGUAGAAGUUUCAGUGCCUGCCUUGUUCACUGCAGAGCUCCAUUGCCCAGCAGUGGUGGAAUUGUCAGCAAACUUUGAUGCCAAGCAGUGUGACUGGACAAAGCCGUGGGCUGCUGCCGGUCCUGAAGUGGUGCAGCUUUGCCUGGGAGAACCAAAGGUGCAAAAAGCGCUCGCGGCUUGGGCGGUGCAGUACAAAAGGGCGCUGGCUCAAGCAAAGCUGGACCUUGUGACUUUCCCCUUCAGAGAUGGAGACGGGAAAGAGCAGGUCGAUGGCAUGUUUGAAAAGCUGCUGCCCCAAGACGGCCUUGUCUCUGACAUUUCCAGCGUCUCUGGAGGGGAGGUCUUCAUGAAUUCCACGUGGCUUUUUGGUGCCAGCUCAGACUUGAAGAGUUUGUCAUUCCUGCCGAACCAUGCAGCAAUGAUCAAGGUGUUGGUUUGUGGCAAGGUCACACACCUCCUGUUCAAAUGGGACACAGUGGUCUCUGCCUUGGGGAAACAGGGGGUGGAAGGGCAGGAAGAGAUCCGAAAGCAUCUUCUCAAUUCCACGUGGGAUGAACUCAAGACGCUCACUGAUGAAGGAGCAUCAAUGCAGUCCCAUAGCUUGCAAAAGAACCAGGUCUUGUACAUUCCAAUGGGUUGGGCCCAGAUGGAGGCCGCUUCAGAUUCUGCCCUCCUGUAUGGUGUCCGCAAAUCUUUCUUCAUGCAGAGCGGGGCAGAUGUCUACAAGCAGGCCAUCGCUAUGGCUAAGGCCGCUGGUGGGAAGGAUGUCAAACGAAUGGAGGAAAUUCAUGCGGUUUUGAGCAAGGCUUGA